AAAGAUUUUACACACAAAAAAACCCAAAAAUGGAAACAGUGACAGCAAGUUCUAUUUUGAUAUCAUUGGUUUGUGUACUAGUUGUGACAGGGUUAAUCAAAGCAGUGAACUGGGUAUGGCUGAGGCCGAAGAAACUGGAAAAAAAGUUCAGACAGCAAGGUUUGAAUGGUACUUCUUACCAGUUCUUGUUUGGAGACAUGAAAGAUUACUCGUCCAUGCGCAGUCGGGCCUUAGAAAGCCCCAUGGAGUGCUUCUCCAAUGAUUAUUUUCCGCGUGUUGAACCUCUCCGCCAUAAGGUUGUCAGCAAAUGUGGAAAGGACUACUUCGUCUGGGCUGGUCCUAUACCAAUGAUAAACAUCUCAAAGCCAGAGUUGAUCAGAGAAGCUUUAACGAAGAUGCAAGAUUUUCAAAAGGCAAAGUGGAACCCCAUUAUUGACAAGCUUUUUCCAGGGCUAGUUUGCUACGAAGGAGAGAAAUGGUCUAGACACCGAAAGAUCAUCAACCCAGCCUUCCAUGUGGAGAAGUUGAAGCUUAUGCUACCAGCAUUCCGGGAUAGUUGUGCUGACAUGAUCAAUAAAUGGGAGCUGAUAGUACCUAAAGUGGGUUCAAGUGAGCUAGAUGUGUGGAUGGAUCUUAAGAAACUCACUGCUGACGUGAUAUCUAGAGCAGCAUUCGGAAGCAACUAUAAGGAGGGACAAAGGAUAUUUGAACUUCUUACGGAACAAACUGAUUUAGCUCUUCUUAUGAUAGAAUCAGUUUAUAUACCAGGAAUGAGAUACAUUCCAACAGCAAGAAAUAGGAGAUUCCAGGAUGUUGAAGAUCAAAUACAUACUGCGUUGCGCGCAAUUAUCAACAAGAGGAAGAAUGAAAUUGAGGCAGGAGGAGCAGUAAAACCUGACCUGUUAGGAAUACUCAUGGAUUCCAAUUCAAAAGAAAUUCAACAAGCUGUUGGAAAUAACAAGAAUCAGCAAGUUGGGAUGAAUCUUGACGAAGUAAUUGAUGAGUGCAAACUAUUCUACUUUGCUGGACAAGAAACUACUUCGGUACUUUUAGUUUGGACAUUGGUUUUAUUGAGCAAACACCAAGAUUGGCAAUCACGAGCACGAGAAGAAGUCCUGCAGACAUUUGGGGACAAUGUUCCAGACUUUGAAGGGUUAAGCCAUUUGAAGACAGUGACUAUGAUCCUGUAUGAGGUCCUCAGGCUCUAUCCACCAGCUAUGCAACUGACAAGAUCUAUUCAUAAAGGUACAAAUCUAGGUGGGUUAUCACUUCCUUCAGGAGCUAUAGUAACUUUCUCGGUGCAUUCUGUUCACCGAGAUCAAGAACUUUGGGGUAAUGAUGCGCAUGAAUUUAAGCCAGACAGGUUCUCUGAAGGAAUUUCCAAGGCAGCUAAAGGAAAUAACUCAUUUUUUCCCUUUGGUUGGGGACCCAGAAUAUGCAUAGGGGAAAAAUUUGCGAUGACUGAAGCAAAAAUGGCAUUAUCCAUGAUUCUACAACGCUUUUCCUUAGAACUCUCCCAAUCCUAUGUUCAUGCACCCAUGAAUGUUAUGUUUCUACAGCCUCAACAUGGUGCUCAGAUAAUCUUACACCGACUUUGAUGGUAUACAAUCAGAAAGUAUAGAUUUUGCACAUUUGCACCUCUUAACUUCAUUUAUUUUGUUUGAUAAAUGGUCAUUCAGAAUGUUCUCCUUACUGCUGGUAAUUGGUUUCAAGAAUAAUUGGCCACUUCCUUAUUUGCGCUACGAGUGUAUCUGUAAAAAAUUCUAAAGAUAAAGUUCAUCUGUUCUCUUCCAUUCUCCAC